AGGAGACCUUUUUUUUCCUUUUCCCUUUUUUUUAAACUCGAAAAAAAAAGAACAAAGAAAUAAAAAAGAAAAGGAUCUUUUUUAUUUUAUUUUUUAAAUGUAUUUUCUAAUAAUUUAUUGUACAUGUUUACUAUUAUUUCUGAAUCAUCAAGUUACUGCAUCAAUAAUAUUCGAUAAACGACAAGCUAUUGCAUCAAGGUCCUGUGGUGGAGAGAAUAAUACAGUAGCGAUAUGUUCACCAACAGCUUCUUCUGUUUGGUAUAAUAAUACACUUUAUGAAAUAACUUGGAAAUACAAUAAUCCUUAUUUUAAUGCAUAUAACCAAGUUGACCUCUAUUUACUUUAUUCGCCAUCCUCUGGUCAAUAUGAAUCUGUAAAGAAUUGGACAGGUUUGGAUAAAUCAACAGGAGUUUUUGUACCAACUGUCGAUGACUCGUGGUACCCACAGCCAAUCAAAGACAAUUCACCCAACGUCACUUGGACGAUGUACUUUUAUCUCGUAGGCACUGGUGCCGAUAUUCAAGAAGAUCUCGCAAAGAUACCUUCAAGUCACAACCAAUUUCCUCCUCCUCAGCCAUUUACACUAAUUCAAAGUGCUCAUAAUACUACUCAUCCCACAUCUACUGCACCUACUUCUUCAACUACACAAUCAUCACCAAGCACCCUAUCAACCAACAGCAACAACAGCAGCCAGAGCAGUAACCGAUUACCCGGUUGGGCCAUCGCUCUCAUUUGUAUUGUUUCAAUUUUAUUUAUAGCAGCUUCAAUAGCGCUGAUUUGGGCAGUAAGAAGGUACAAAAACAGAAAGCAUCUUGCUGCUGUCACAGGCACAGGCAGUGAACACGCGAAUGAUGAAAAAUUAUUGGUGCCUGAUCAUAUCGCUCUCACAUCCGCUGCUGCACCUACAGCCACACACGAUCUUUCCGUUCACUCCGCAUCUCCUCCACAACAGAAUAGAACACUCAGCAGUACAAAUGAAAAAUUACCAGUCAUGCAACAACAAGCAAGUUUAGGCAUUCACAGUGAAGCUAAUCAUUCGAGUAGUAUCUUAUCAUCGACAGAUGCCUUGAUGAUCGCAGAUACUUUUAGACAAUUUAUGAGAAAGCCAGAAUGGAACGAAGAUGUCGAAUUAAACGAAAAGAAGGGGGAGAAAUAAAUCAAACAUAUACUAUUUACUAAUGAUAAUAAAAAAUAUGAAAAAAAAAUUAAACACUCUGUAUUACUAUCAUUCAC